GUGCAUUAUCGUUGAAGAGCGUUGCAUGUUUGGAGUGAGGAACCCCUAAAGUUAAGUGCAGGACCCUGAAUACUUGUAACCUUUAACCUAACAAACAUGUUUUUAUUCUGCCAAAGCGGUGAAAAUACCCCUCUGUGGUCUUCAAAAUUCAAACACUCAAAGUCCAAUAACUUACAUCAAGCAUACUCCAUACUCCAUACUUCUGUUCUUCAAAUCCCGCAAAAAAUCAUUCAAAAUGGCACCUCCAUCUCAACUUUCCAUAGCUACCUCCUCCGUCGCCCGUUUGGUCAAGGAAGAAGCAUCAUAUCACAAAGAGUUGAUCUCUCAACAAGCACGACUUAAGAAAUUAGAGGAAGCUACCGAAGAAGAUGAGAAUAGAGAGUAUUCCUUGAAGCAAGAGGUUAGUGUCUUGCUUUCGUUUUGUUCUUGUAUCAUUUUGGAGAACCAGAAACUGACCAAUAAAAGCGUGCCGCAAUCGAAGAAACCAAAGCAGUAUUCCCACCUCUUAGGGAACGACUCGCAGAUGCCAUACUCAAGUUGGAGGACUUAGUGCAAAGAGGGGGAGAAGAGGCAGAAGAAAAUAAGGCUAAUGAAGUUAUUGCUGAGGCAAAGAAAGCUGUUGCUGCUGGAAAUUGAGGCUUGGAUCGAGGGAGACGAAAUCAUGAUUCACGAUGGAUAUACCCAAUUUUGCGAAGAUUUACGAAGACUUACAAAUGAUGGCGAAGAUGAAGGUUAUGACAUGCACAGUUCAUAGACCAAGCUGAAUACUAGUCAUAGAGGGUAUCAUUCUGAUUUGGUAUGGUACAUUCUGUUUGUACAUUUGGUGGAAAAACUAUUGGUGAAGAUGUUUACGUGGUAUCC